AUGAAUGUACCUAAUUUAAGAAGUGAAGGAUUAACUCAAGAAUCAUUAAAAUUAACACAAAACUUUAUAAUAGGAGGAUUAACACAACCACUUCCUGAUUCAUUUCAAAGUGUAGAAAUUGGAAGAAUUACAAUGCUUAUGUUUUAUUUAGGUGCAUAUAAAAUAUUAUUUCCAGAACAACCACUUAACAAAGUAAUAGAUACAGAAAAAACUAUACAAUAUAUUUUAACAUCACUGAGUAUAAAAAGUGAUUCAAAAGAAAUAUUUCAAGGAUUUACAGGAUGUGAAAUGUAUGGAAUAUUUAAACAUGGACAUAUUAGUUAUACAUAUGCAGCACUUGCAUCACUUUCACAAUUAGGAUAUGAUUUAAGAAGAAUUGAUAAAUCUAAAAUUGUAAAAUCAUAUCAUACAUUAUUUAGAAAAGAAUGUAAAGGAGUAUUUGCAACAAGUCUUGAAGAAGAAGGAGAAUAUGAUAUUAGAUUUGUAUAUUCAUUAUGUGCUACAUGUUAUUUAUUAAAUGAUUGGGGAAGUAUUAAUAAAGAAAUAUUAUUUGAAUUUAUUAUGAGUUGUAGAAGUUAUGAUUUUGCAUUUGGUCAAAUGCCAAAAAGAGAAAGUCAUGGAGGAUCAACAUAUUGUGCAAUUCAAAGUUUAUCAUUAAUGGGAAUGAUAAAUAGAUUAGAUCAUAUUGAAGAAUUAGUUCAAUGGCUUGUUCAAAAAAGUUAUUUAGGAUUUUCAGGAAGAAUAAAUAAACCAGCAGAUACAUGUUAUAAUUAUUGGAUUGGUUCAACAUUAAAAACACUUGGAUAUGAACAUUUAAUAGAUAAAAAAUUUGUAUUAGCAUUUACAGAAAAUUGUGUGUCAAAAAGAUUUGGAGGAAUUGGUAAAAAUCAAGAAGCAUUACCAGAUCCAAUGCAUACAUUUUGUUCAUUAACAGGAUUAUCAUUAAUUGGAGCAUUACCAGUAAAAUAUACAAUUGAUUCUAGAAUAGGAAUUGAAAAACCAUCAUAUCUUUGA